AUGACAAUCAUCACCCAAACUGAAAACUUUUCAGUCAAAUUUGAACACACAGUUCAGCGGAGCACCGUUGCCAGCUUCCAGGGAGCGCCUAACCAAGCUUCGGCGCCUGUUCUCCAACUUCUAAAGCGUGGAGGCAGCUACUUUGUCAGUGCAGGCACUGGCAAGCUACUAGAAGCCUCACUAUCCGAUCUUAUGAGCUCGUGGGCGGUGCGAUUCAGCCGGUCGUGCCCAUUGAGUAGUGGCCACCUGCAUAUCACUAGUGAAAAGACUUCUUUUCCUCGCGCCGUUACACUCUCUUUUUAUGGAUCACACACCCGCACCAUGACUAUCCCAUCUGAAGCUCUGAAUACAUGGCCUGGACGGAUCAUACAGGGGCAAAACACAAGACAAUCUUCGGGGGGGCAGUGCAUGUAUGCUUGGAGGGUUGGUUCUGCCGUCACUAUGAGCUUUCUUCCGGGUUUCAUUUCCAUUCUCGCCUUUAUGCCUGCUGUGGAAGGCCAUACUGGGAAGCUUGUCGGAUGCUUCUACUUCACAAAAAUAGGCGAACCUUUGAGUACACAAACAGUUACUUUAGGCACGGCAGCAAGCAAAGUGAUUCUGGUUUUGAGAGAGAUGGACAAAGAUUUGACCUCGGACCGGAAAAUACGGAAAAGAGCAAGCACCCGAGCGAUACAAGAAAAUGCAGAACUCAACAAAAGAACCGACAGAUCUCAGGAUCAAGAUGACGACCAAAUCACGGCUCAUGAUCUAUUGAACAAAAUACGGGGGAAAAGCCAAACCAAGGAAGGAUAUGUUCAAAGAGCAGUUCGCCAACGUCUGAGACUCUACUGCUGCGGAUGUGAGGAGGAUGUUAGCGGUGGGGGAGAAUGUCAACAAUGUGGCCAUACAUCGUGUCUGGUGUGCUUGCACGAAAGGAGACUGCGUAGGGAAAGAUCUGUUGACCGAUCACACGAACCGAACCAAGCGAAUAGACGCCAUGAUGCUCAGACAAACAACCAAACACGCGCAGUCCCGGCGACCCUUAGCCAAGCUAUCAAGAUCGAUGAAGACCCGGAAACAGAAACAGACUCUGUGCUCUAUAUGUUGCCUUAUUCUAAACUGAAGCGGAAACUGAGAGAGCAACAACAAAAACAGCAGACCUGGGUUAAUCGAGCCAUCAAGUGCUGCUCCUGCGAAGUAACUGGCUCGGCGGUCAACAAAUGCGCAUGUGGGCAUGAGUAUUGCGGAAUAUGCUUUCAUUAUAACUUGCUGGUUAAUUCACGGACUUUCGGAUCAACAAUUUUUCCGACAGCUUAAGCACACAGAAUGCCUUCAUAAAAAAGCUUCUCUAGAUUUUGACCCUAUCAGCUUUCAAGCCAGUUACAAUAUUUCAAGAUGUAGAAUGUAUAUUGCAAUAGGUUAGGUCCGCUGUCUACUGACAGCACAGCUAAUUAUGACUACUCUUUGUGUGUUUCGUUCACCGAGAGAUAAUUGAGGGGCCAUGCAAAUAUCAUCUACUCUUAACAUUCCAAAGGUGAUAAGAAGCGGUUCUUGCCUCCAUUGACAUCCCCUUAAAAUAUUUCCCACAAGCCAACCCGGCAGAUUUUGUCUUGCAGAGAUGAUGAGUUCCACACCUGUCCAUUCUCUCUGUGCUAAGAAAUUUCAGGAGCUCAAUUCUCUUGGUGUGAGACAGUCAAUCACAUGUUCAGCUCAUCAGUGAAGAUAUUGUGAUAGAAAUUUCACUGGUUGUUCAACCUGCAAAGCAAGGCAUGUCAAAUGUGAUGAAGCAUCACCUGCAUGUUGCAACUGCAUAAAAAGGAGUUGCGCUGCGAUGGUGCAAGACUCUACAGAUUCGUUAACCCCGGUUCUGUAAAGGGAGAGUAUAAAGCUUUCAGAGGGAAAACAGAUCAUCAGAUUCAAACAACAGUGUCUCCAGCUGUCGGAAUGGUAUCUCGGAUGA